AUGGGUUUGGGUGCUGCCUGCAAGCUGUUUCUGGGUAUACAGCUGCAAGUCACUGUGGAGUGGAUAGAUUUCGAAGGGUGGAUACGCAAUCAGGAUUUUUCAGCCUUCAGAUGGAAAUAUUUUGCUGGUUUGGGGAAGAGAAUCAUUCAGUUUUGGCUUCCAGAUUUACAGCUGCUACAGAGAUCUCCUAAAAUUUUGCAGAAUUUCAGCUACCAAGGGCUCCCCUCAUUGGCGCAUGACAACCGGCUUUUCAGAAUAGAGUUGUUUUCCUUAGAAACUAAAAGGGGUCUGAACAAUGCCAAUGAGCUCUCUAGACCAAAGACUGGCCGAUCAAACAAUAUGAGGGUAUACCAAAUUGGGACGAGGAAGAACUUGGUUUUUGCUUGGAUUAUUGAGAGGAUAAUGAUGAGUGCACAGACCACAAACGGUAAAACUGGAAUAGUAUGGUGGAACCAGGAGG